CAUUGAUACAGUUACACGUUGUAACACAAGUAACGACUCGGCUAAAACGCGAGUCUUCAGACGUUCGCUUUUACUUUCCUGUCAAGGAAAACGCGUGGCUAGCAAAACCAAAGCAGGCGCGUGCUUUCAUCACGAGUUCAUGCUGCCGAGGACGGUUCCUGGAGUCACCUUGUAGCUGAGAUGCACACUAAGUGAGCGAAGGUGGGACGUGGUUCUUCUGUGGGGCCAGCUGCCAUGGCACGCUACCUGAAGCAUUUCACUGCUGUGGGCGAUAGGCAUCCCUCCACCUAUCACUCGGACAUAGAAGAUCUACAUGCUGCCAGCGAUGAGCUGGGUCCGGCCACGGGGGCGCCGUUGGGCACGGGUCCAACGGCUCUGACCUUCAGAGACUCACUGAAGAGACUCUAUAGCUCUGACCACUUCCAGGUGUUGGUGGUGUGUUUGGUCAUCAUGGAUGCCAUCUUUGUCCUAGCAGAACUGCUCAUAGAUCUCGCUGUUGUUAAGUUGGAACAUGGACACAUUGCUCCCGAGGUGUUUCAUUACCUGAGCUUGUCUCUUCUGACGUUCUUCAUGGUGGAGCUGGCUGGAAAGCUGUAUGCGUACCGACUGGAGUUCUUUGAGCACAAGUUUGAAGUCUUUGAUGGUGUGGUGGUGGUGUUAUCCUUUGUGUUGGAUGUGGUCUUCAUCUUUCACGAGGACGCCUUUGAUGGGAUGGGGCUCCUCAUCCUGCUGCGACUUUGGAGGGUGGCUCGAAUUAUAAAUGGCAUCCUAGUGUCAGUGAAGAAUCGUGCAGACCAGAAGAUCAAUAAGCUGAAGGAGAGCUACGACCACCUUGUUCAGAGAUCCACAGAACUACAGGAGCGCAACGACAAACUGGAACACGAGAACCAGGAACUUAAAAGUCUCCUGCAGAAGCAUGGCAUAGUCUACUAACACCACUUUCAGUUUAUUUAGAUCACGUACCUUCUUUUGAAAUUUCAUAUUAUGUCUAAUCUAAUCUGAUGAUUUUCAAAUGCUACCUAUCUCCAUAAGGCUAUAAAGCCAUGGUCUGUACCAUCAUCCAUGUCCAUCUGUCUUGUGUGGAAAAAUAAAUACAUAGGUCUGA